CUUCGACACCGCGAGGGAGGACCAACAAUGCGUUUCUUCAAUUCAGUUUCCCAGCUCCUUAAUUGACACAUCAAUUCACCAGUUACCCCUGUAGACUCUCUCCCUAUACUUAGAGUGGGAGGGGGCGCCGGACUUGGAGUGGAAUACUUUUAGUUUACCCCUGAGGUUUUAUUUGUCUUUUCGCCCUCGAUUAUCUGCACGAUGUCUACUACAUUGUCCCAGCGGCCGUCCAUCAACGGCUCUCUUCACGAGAAGCACCGGUCCGUUUCGUCAUUCCCCGCAUCCGUCCACUCCUCAAGCCCGAAUUUCGACAGCCCCAGGAAACUCCGCUCCCAGACCUCUCUCGGCCGGAGGUCUCCCACCAGCUCGCAGGAGUCCACGGGACCACGGUCUGUGCAUUCAUACAGUAGUUUUCAGAAAGGGAAGCGGAGGUACAAGUCUCAGUACCCUGCCGAUUCUCCAGAACUCCAUGUAGAGUACAUCCUCGUCGCUUCAUUCCACGUAGAUCGUGGACCGAUUAUGGAGCAUCAGUACCCAGCUGCAAUCAGCGGCGAUGAGCAUAUGUUGGCGGAGCUGAUGUUGCCAGAUCAAACCCACGUCCGGAGCCAGGACUGGACCAUGUUUUUCCUUCACAGAGACGCUGGAUCGGAAGACGAGAAUGAAUACGGAGACGACUCUCAGGGACAAGCGGAGAAGGCCGUGGACGAGGCGAAGGAAGAUAGUCAGGACGGCCACGACCAGACGGAGGAUGAGGAGGCGACCGACGAUGAUGGUGACGACGACGAUGAGGAAGCCGGUGAUGGUCCGCCAUUAAUGUAUGUUCUUAAUCUUGUCAACACCAAACAAGACAACUCUGUGAAACGUGGAGCUGUUGUCAAGGCCAUGGCAAUUUGUACACGGCAUUCUUUUCUUCACAUAUACAAGCCAUUGCUUUUACUAGCAUUAGAGGAUUACUUCAAAUCGCCUUAUCAAGAGACACUAGCCACACUAUACGACUCCCUAAACGCCAUGGACCUCUCCCUUAUGCCACGGCUUUCGUACCUCGAGCGGCAUAUUCUCCAAGCUACCGAUGUGAAAGAUAUGUUCAUUGAGAAGUUCGAACGAAUGAUCAAGCAGCGCUUGGCAGACGAUCGAGCUGUAUAUGAACUGGAAGGAGGCGACCCAAGCUCCUUCGUCCCUGCAAAGUAUACACUCCCACGAGAUACCCAUGAGUUUGAAUCUAAAAUCAUUUAUAAUGAAAUUGCCAUUCCUGUCAAGGUUCCCACGGCUGUCUCUCCGGAGACUGUGGGUGACUUUUCCUUGAUUAAGUUAAUACAGACUUUUUCCAAUCCACAUUCUGCCUCUCCACAGGCCUUCCCCCUUCACCCUCACCUGACAACGAGCGGCCCAUUUACUCAUCCCAUCAUGGUCCUAGUCAACGCCUUGCUUACUCAAAAACGAGUGAUCUUUCUGGGCCACAAUCGGCCGUCUGGAGAAGUUGCUGAAGCAGUCCUGGCGGCCUGUGCACUCGCUUCCGGGGGGAUUCUUCGAGGAUUUACUCGCCAUGCCUUUCCCUAUACCGAUUUAACGAAGAUUGACGAGCUACUUAAAGUUCCCGGGUUCGUGGCCGGUGUCACCAACCCAGCCUUCGGCAAUCAUCAUGAGUGGUGGGACCUGUUAUGCGACUUGCCUAGCGGCCGUAUGAAGAUUAGCAGCCGUAUUGAACCUGCCCCGGUCACAGAAGGCACACAAUUCUUUCAGCAGCAUGCCCCCGUCACGACUACUUCCAUCCUUGGUGGCGGUAGUUCCUCCUCCUCCGACCCUCCUGGUGACAACAACUUCAUGGAAGACAUUAUGCGAAGUAUUUCCUCACGACAUGGAGAGGGCGCCAUUCGAGCUAAAUGGAGAGCGUAUAUUACCAAAUUUACAAGAAUUUCUGCGACGUUUGAGGAGGUAGUGUAUGGAGCCACCGCGUUAUACGUCAUGGGUCCCGGUGAAGAUGCUGCAGAGGCGCAGUCUCCUGUACAGCCAAACCAGUCUGAUCCGUCGUAUCUUCGGGGCCACGGCUAUGUCUGGCCGGACGAAAACACCAAACACCGUGGACUCGCUGCGUGGGUAAACAGAAUCGAGGGUUGGAGAAAUACGAGGUCUUACUAUUACUUCAUCCAGGACACCGCCGCGUUGUAUCCUAUAAGCAAGCCGGUUCAAAGCCUCGACUUGCACCAUCACCAUGACCGCCUACGUUCUCUGAAAUUAAGCUCCGCCGAGUCAGGAGCCAUAUAUUUAGCGUUUUCAAACGCCAUCCAGGAUUAUAAUUCCAUUUGUCAGCUGAUAUCUAUUGCACCGGAGAGCCAAGCUGGCCUGUUCUAUAUUUCAUUGGGAUUGUUUCAUCCUGACGCGGUGGUUCGAACCGCAACUCUUGGGUUGUUGGAACGAAUAGCUACACACGAGGCAGGACGGCACCUUUGGGCGCAGCUGAGCAGGUUCACCAAGGUGGCCUAUGUGCGGAUGAAGCGAGACAAAGACGCCGAUCAUGAAAGCAUGGACCUUCAAUCGGCGGAUUCGUCUGUUACGAAGCAUUUUCACGGCAGCCACGAAUUCAAGGCCCGCAGAAGCUAAGGGGAGAUAGACACGGUGACUACGUAUAUGAAUUCGGUCCCUGGGGAUGCUCCUGGCUUUUCUCCGGUCUUGCUUCCCACAUCACAGCCGCCAGUUUUCCUUUCUCUUUUUUCCUUUUGGUUUUUUGUUGGCAUGCCUCUGUGGCGUUGGUUCCGACUGAUGAUUUAUGUUUUCAUAUUUGUAUGAUGAUAUAUGCAAGAUUUAGUGACGUCUUGAGAUUUCCACUUUUUUGGUCUCUUUUGAAUGGCUUGCAUAGCUACUAUACCCAUUGGCAUAUUAUUAUUACUACUAUUUUUGGUGCAUCGCGAGGUUUCAAGCUUCAUUACCUCAAUGACCCUCAAUAGUUUUCCUAUUAGCGCAGUACCUACGGCCGAAUCAGUGCUGCGGUUGAUAGGUAUAGUGAGAUGGUCAUUACUGCUACUUGUCAGUCAAUGCGAUCGGUAUCAUCU